AAACAAAAUUCAUCUGAAAACUACAUAACCGAAGCGGAAAUACUGGCCAACUCUUGGGAUUACUUCACCACCGGCUACGAGACGACGGCCACUACCCUAUCGUUUGCCACAUACCAUCUGUCACUCAACCCCGCAGUGCAGCAAACCCUAUACGACGAGCUCAGGUCAUGGACUGAGCGAAACGGUGCCAUAGACUACGAAUCUCUAUCAAAAUUGCCAUUUUUGGAGGCAGUGGUCACCGAAACCCUGCGACUGGACGCCAAUACCCUGCGUGUGGGCCGUAUGGCCGACCAGGACUACAAACUGGGCGAUACCGGCAUUACGCUUGAAAAGGGACAAACAGUUGAGAUACCCAUAUAUGCCGUACAUCACUCGGAGGACUUUUACCCCGAUGCCGAGCAGUUUGUGCCAACUAGGUGGUUGCCAGAGAACCAGGAUAAACUUGUGCCCUAUACGUACCUGCCGUUCGGCGCCGGCCACCGCUCCUGUAUUGGUAUGCGGUUCGCGUUAAUGUUGGUCAAAUUAGCCCUGGCACAUGUUGUGCUCAGGUAUAGAUUUAUCCCAACGGCCAACACCGAUGUGCCCAUACGCCUGAAACAAUCUGGCCUAACCCACUCGCCCGAGCGAGUUAUUGUGGCCUUAGAAAAACGAUCUUAA